GACGCGCAGAGGGGAGGAACGUGCGCGCCCCCGCAGCCUGACGUAACAAAGAUGGCGGGCGCCGUCAGAACAGGUAUCGUCGUUCCUCGCAGCUUUCGGCUGCUGGAGGAGCUGGAAGAAGGGCAGAAAGGAGGUGGAGAUGGAACGGUGAGCUGGGGCCUGGCGGAUGACGAUGACAUGAUGCUGACUCACUGGAACGGCAUGAUCAUCGGCCCCGCCAAGACUGUUUAUGAGGGCAGGAUAUACAGUCUGAAAAUAGACUGUGGGUCCAAAUACCCGGAGCACCCGCCUCACGUCCGCUUUGUGAACAAGAUCAACCUGAGUGGUGUCAACAGUUCAAAUGGGCUGGUGGACAUGAAGUCGGUGUCGGCGCUGUACCGAUGGAAGAACUCGUACAACAUCCGGACGGUGCUGCAGGAGCUGCGGCAGCACAUGAUGCUGAAAGAGAACAGCCGUCUUUCCCAGCCGCCCGAGGGCCAGGUGUUCAGCCACUGAGCCCCCGUCUCCCUCCUCUCUCUGGCCAGGUGUUCAGCCACUGAGCCCCGGCCGCCUCCAGCUCCCCGUCUCCCUCCUCUCUCUCUCUCUCUUCCCCUCCCUGUCUCUCCCUCUCUGCCGCUCCGUCACAGACACUCACUGACGCCGUGGCCGACACACACACACCCUCACAAAGCAUCCUAGUCACACUUCUCAACCCUCUCAGCCACCGCGGCGUCCCAGACUCGACGCCCACUUCCUCCCGGGAGCCUUCCGUUGAACAGAGAAAGGGACCUGCACCCGAUGUUCAGUCCUCCAUUUAUGGUGCAGACCAAACAUAGAACAGGAGCACCGUACAUCUUACUCAUGUCUUUUUUUGUUCUUGUUGCUGUUUUUUUUUUUUUUAUCAACUUUGUUCCGUAUCCAGAUUGUGAAAUGAUAAAUUACCUGAUGGAAUGUACUACAGUAGUUGUGUGUGUUGUGGGGUCAUGUAAUGCUCGGGAUGAUCAGGACUUCAUUUUCCAUAUAUGAUAAAAAGUAUGUGCCACAAAGAAAAGAAAAAAGAGGAUCUCUGCUUGGUUUCCCUGUCUGCAUCGGUGUCAAAUUUCCCAGCUUCUGCAAUAUCCCGAUGAUGUGAAUUUCUGCUCGGGGGUCUCCGGGAACAACUUCUAUAGAUGCUUUAUAAAUACAGUUGAAUGAUUGAUUCAAGGGGGCAUUCCUUAAAUCUAAUGCAUGACCAAAACAAAGGAAGAGGAAAUGUAUGUAUCAGGAGGGCACUGCUGUCAUGAUUUGUCUUGUGUGCCAUAUGGUUCCUAGUGCUUUGUGAUGAUUGUUAGCAGGCAGUCCGAAGGGGCAGGGGGGUUCUGGGGCUAGAAGUGCUUUCUCUCUGCUAUACGUCUGCGUGCUCGGCACCUUUUGCAGGACCGUAGUGGUCCGUGUGCCACAGGAGGAGCUGUGAAUUAUGUUUACUGUUUUUUGGUUUCUUGUACGAGUUUUUCUUUAGUGUCCGGGCUUCCCCCCGAGUGUAAUCCAUGGACUUGUCUGUUCUGUAACUCGGUGAAUAACCACUGAACACAC